CGAGCGGAGGGGAGGGGCCUGGUCCGGCCCGGCCGGUGCGCGAGGACUGGGGCCCCGGCCCGGCACCGCCGCCGCCGCCGCGAUGGCCCAGCAGCAGAUGACCAGCUCGCAGAAGGCCCUGAUGCUCGAGCUGAAAUCCCUACAGGAGGAACCGGUGGAGGGCUUCCGGAUCACCCUGGUGGAUGAGUCCGACCUCUACAACUGGGAGGUGGCCAUCUUCGGACCCCCCAACACCCUCUACGAAGGCGGCUACUUCAAGGCACAUAUUAAAUUUCCUAUUGACUACCCAUAUUCACCACCUACCUUCAGAUUCUUGACCAAAAUGUGGCACCCCAACAUUUAUGAGAAUGGAGAUGUAUGCAUUUCGAUACUUCAUCCUCCUGUAGAUGACCCACAGAGUGGAGAACUGCCCUCUGAAAGGUGGAAUCCUACUCAGAAUGUGAGGAAACAGGUUUCAGCCACUAAAGCCGAAGCAGAAAAGGACGGAGUGAAGGUCCCCACAACCCUGGCGGAAUACUGCAUCAAAACUAAAAUGCCUUCCAAUGACAACAGCUCAGAUUUGCUUUAUGACGACUUGUAUGAUGACGACAUUGAUGAUGAAGAUGAGGAGGAGGAAGAUGCCGACUGUUAUGAUGAUGAUGAUUCUGGGAACGAGGAGUCGUGACGUGCUCCUUUGAUGCCCCUGUACUGCCCUGCCGUCUCAGGCCAAAGGGAGGGGAGCAAGUGGGGACCUAGCAGCGGCCCCUCAACAAAAACCUAUUCACCGGGGGUGGGGGAAAAAAAAAACACAGCUCCUGCUGACUCCCCUUAUGGAUCUCAGUUUGCUCCUUUUUAUGGACCUUUCAUGGAGAGAAAGUAACCCUCCACAGAAUGUCUGAAUUCUUGCAUUCUUUACCCUUCCAUCACUGUAUUGAUUCUUUUUUAAAAAAAAAAACAAAAACAAAAACAAAAAACAAAAAAACAAACAAAAAAAACAAAAACCAACAACCCAAACUCCCGCCUCACUUCGUCUCUGCAGAAUGUUCACAGCAAAACACGUUUGCUCUGUUUUUAGAUUCCUGAAGAAUUAGUCUUUUCAAGACAUUAAUGUGUUUAAAGCUGGAAACCGUUGGGAGUUCACAAGUGCUGCAUAUACUGGGUAGCAAAAGAAAAUGGAAAAAAAAAACCCACAAAACAAACUUUAAAAAAAAAAAAAAGCAAAUUUGCCAAGGUUUAGCUGCUCAUUUACAUUAGUGUGUAUGCAUUCAUUCAAGUCCCAUGGUGGUGAAUUUUCUUUGUUUCCCUUCCUAACCAGGAUACAGUGGGCAUCAGGGACUUACUUCAUGCUAAGCCUGAUGAAAUGUGCUCCUUAAGCCUUCAUGAAAUCAUCCUAACACGGAGGCCUCAGCUAUUCUUGAGGAGAGAAAUCAGAUUUUGUUUUUUGAAAUCGAUUGGGAAUCUAAAGCCUGAAAUAAAUAUUCAUACUUUACAUAGAACUAAGCACUUGGUUGCUAUUUAUUCUUUAAAGGCAGGGUUAUUUUUUCCCCCACUAGGGAAUGGAGUGUGUGGGGAAAAAGUGGAAAUUAGUGUGUGUGGAUUUUUAGUGUUAAGAACAAAGUUAAAAAUCACGCCAAUUUUGGUUGAUGCUGCUGAGGGAAACUCAAAACUACUGGUGGCCACUGGGAGAGGAGACACCUGUUUGUACUUAACAUGGCCUUCCCCUCAAAGCUAUUCUCUCACUGUGGGGUGGGUUGUUUUUUUUUUUUUAAGUAGCCACUUUUAAUUACUCAGUAUUAAUCCUAGGUGCAUGUGUUAAGAUUUUGAUUUUCAUUGAGCCACCGAUACCGAGAGUGAUAAAUGUGGAUAUGUAUGAGACAUGAGUGACCAGUUCUGACUUUUUUUCUCCUUUCAAUAUACUUUUUGGCUUUGGAGUGCAGCAGAAAUUGUGCAUGGAGCUUCCCAUGGGUUUUUGUCUCUUCUGGCAGGACCAAGGGAGUUGACUGCAGGCAGUUUCCAGCCAUGCGAGGCUAGAUCUUCUAGCCAUGCAGUUGCUGCAGGUUUGAUUCCCAGGUCUCUAUCAUGUAUUGCUUCAAUUAAGAUUGAGAUCCAGCAGCCUUCAUCAUCCAAGUAGGUGAUUUUUGUCAUUGAGGUAUGUGAGUUCAUGGUGUUCUGAGUGGGGAAGCUGGCUAUAAAGUCAGGUUUCAGAAGGAAAGUAACUGCAAGGUGACAGAAGUCCUACUUAAGAUCCCUGUGCACCAGUGUCAUCUCCUUCUUUAGAUCACACUCAGAAUGAACCAAAGGGCAGAUUAGGGACAAGGGUAGGACAGAUCCUAGGGUGGUCAGAGUAGGUGAUUGAUGCUUAUUUCCAUAGCUCCUCCUUCCUUUCUGAUCUCAGGGUUUUCAUUGCUCUUCAAACUUUCUCUCAAACAUGCGCUAUUUCUCAGCAGUCCUCUCUGGCCUCUAAAGUUUGGUCUGUUAUUAAAUGAGGUUGUUAUGGGAUAUUGUUGAGUCUGAUCCCAGAAUCUUUGUGUAAUCUCCACAGGGCCCGGGCUGCUAAUUGCACCCUUAAAUCUAGUGAUUCCACAGAUUCAGGGAACAGAGCAGCUCUAUAGGACAGUGUUGUGAUUCUGUCCAAGUAAAAACUCUAAAGGAUGUUGGAACUAGCCGUUUUGAUCCCCACACUUCUUAAGUAAUGCUUCCAGAUACCCUGCAAACCUUCUGGAGCCAAAGCCUCUCAAUAUUCUCUUGAUUUACUGCCUCACCCCCUGCUUUUAUCCCCCUUCCAUCCCCAUACCUGUCCUAUACUAUACAAGUUUACAGCCAGUAGCUCGUCUGACUCUCUUGGAGCCCUAAAAUAAAGCCUUUCGUUCCCCUUACUGCUAAAGCAUCUCACUCCCAGGGCAGGCCAGGCAUCUUGGCAUUAUGGGAGGUGCUGUGCUAUUCAGCUUUGUCCCAUUAGACCCUGUUGGCCUCUUGCAUGUUGACUCAGGGAGCCAGAGCGCCAAGUGGAGGUCAUACCUCUCAGCCCUUCAGGGCAAUAUUAUUGUAAGUUGGGUUUGCCUCUGAUGAGAGUACAAUCAGUUCCAGAAGCCAGGGGUAUGUUGAUUUAUUGGCAGGUAGAUAUUCUGAUAGUUUAGACUGACUUAUAAAACCCAGAUGCUGGUUCCAGACUUCUGUCCCUGAGAACAUAUCCUGUGGGAAAAAAUACUUGUGAAUCUAAGUGUUGUUUAUUUUUUCUUUUGGGAGUGGAUGGAGGUCUCUGGCUUAUGCCAAAACCUCAUGAGUACAGUUGUGCUAAUUAUUUGAUGUGAAGUAAACUCAAAAAUCCUGCAUAUUUCUUUUGGUUCUAAUUGAGGCCUCACUAGAGUGGAGAUAUAAUAUCAUGAUUCCAUUGUUGGCUUCUCUCACAGUCCCCCCCUUCCUUUUUUAUCAUUCCAGAGUUCUUUUCUACUAGCCGAACUUUUGUAGUUCCUUCUUUACAAAACCUUCCUUGGCAAUUAUUUGCUUCUUUACCUUUGCUGGUUUCCUUGUUUGAGGCAAUGGAGUAAGAGAUUGGAAGGGAAAAUGUAUAGUACUCUGCUGAAAAUUAACUUUCCACCCCUCUCAUCCUGAUAAACAAGGUUUACAUUUACAACUAAACAAAUUCAGAUGCAAUUUUCAACUAUUCUGAAACCAGCAGGACACACCUGACUUUAAUAGUUUUCUUAGCUGAAAUUGUAGAUGUUUUUCUUCAGUUUAACUUAUGAGAAAAGAUUAUCUUGAUGCAUUUUUGUGUUGACUUCCCCUUUAGUGGUUUAUUUUGUCUUUUUCUGCCCAUCUGUCUACUAAUAAAAUGUGAAAUAAAAUAUACCUGUAUUGCUA